CCAGCUGCGCAGGGGGGAACCUUUUAUUUGCCCACCAUUAUUGCCAAUGCCUCACUGGACAUGGAAAUGAGCCAGGAGGAAACCUUUGGCCCUGUCGCAGCCUGCUACCGCUUCUCGACCGAAGAGGAGGUCAUCAAAAUGGCAAACGAUACUGAGUACGGCCUAUCCUCUUACUUUUACACCCGUGAUAUAGGGCGUCUGGGGUACAAGCAAGUGCAGAUUUAUCACAAUUAUUUCAAUGGUGGUUUUCUUGAAAAUGCCGCCGAAUUUAUAGAGGUGCGUAACCCCGCCACCGAGACUAUAUUCGCCAAAGUGGCCUGUGCCACGCCUGAUGAAGCCAGAUUGGCAGUAGAGAAAGCCAAAAUAGCGCAACAACUUUGGCGCAAACUUAGCUCGCAAGAGCGCGGCGAGCACUUGCACCGUCUAGCUUCUGUAUUGACGGCGCAGGCAAAAACUCUCGCUCCUGUGCUGGCAAACGAAACCGGAAAAAGUCUGGAAGAUGCCACCAAUGAAGUGCUCUAUGCGGCGGAGAUUUUGCGCUACCACGCAGGAUGGGCAAGACGCAUAGAGGGUGAGGUUAUACCCAGCGACAAUGCGCAAGAGAAUAUUUUUCUCAUGCGCGAGCCUCUUGGCGUUGCGGUCUGUCUCAUUCCUUUUAACUUUCCUAUCUACACGCUGCUGCGCAAAAUUGCCCCUGCACUUAUUACGGGUAACACGGUUAUUGUGCGCCCCAGCAACCAUACACCAUGCUCUGCCCUUGCCUUUGCACAAGUGGUACAGCAAGCGGCAUUACCCCCAGGCGUUGUUAAUAUCAUGUGCAUGUCGCACGAAACAGCCGCAACGCUGUGUACGCAGCCUGCAGUGGCUAUGAUUAGCCUAACGGGCAGCGUAUAUGCUGGACAACAGGUGUUGGAAUACUGCAAACACAAUAUUGCCAAAGCCUCAUUAGAGUUGGGUGGAAAAACGCCUGCCAUCGUCGCGGAUGAUACCCAUUUGCAAGCAGCAGCACAGGCUAUCGUAGCCUCUAAAACCACACACAGUGGGCAACUGUGUACCGCAGUAGAAAGGGUGUACGCCCAGGCCAAAAUACACGACAAACUGCUUGCGCUGCUUAAGACGUAUAUGCAAGGCAAAACCUUGGGCAACCGUCAGAUAGACCCUCUGCAUAUGGGACCACUGGUCAAUGCAGCAGCCCAAACCCGAACACACGCCAUGGUGAUGAAGGCCAUAGCGCAAGGGGCAACGCUUGAGACGGGAGGCUACCUUCCUGAUGGACCGGGGUACUUUUACCCACCCACCUUACUUAGCCAUUGCAGGCAAGAUAUGGAGAUAGUGCAGGAAGAAACCUUUGCACCCAUAUUGUGCGUGCUUGCCUACGAAAAUAUCGAAGAUGCGUUGUCUAUGGCUAACGACCAUCAGUUUGGUCUGUCCUCGGUUCUCUUUACGGAGCGAUACCGGGAUAUCAUGUUGGCAGCCAACACUAUAGAAGCGGGGGAACUGUAUAUAAAUCGCAUCCCCGCAGACCCUUAUCAAGGCUAUCAUGCGGGCUGGAAACGCUCAGGUCUGGGGGGAGACGAUGGCAAACAUGGUAUGCUGGAAUUUACACAGACCCGUCUGGUCGUUAUGCCUUAUUAG